UGUGAGUCAGUGAGGGUUGUUGUGAAUUAGUGAGUGAGGAACACUAGCGUUAACAUUUACCAUAGUUAAUCAGAGUAGACUCAGACAAGCAUAAGCGUUAACAGGAAUAAAUACGGACAGCUACCGAACAUCAGCUAGAACGUCCUCCUGUCAGAUUAAAAGGAAUGUUACUGUGUGGUGAUCCGGUUCAAAAUGUCACCGUGUUAUCUGGUGACUUUCAACUGAAAUGAAACUGGCAAAGACGUCAUAAAAGAGAGAAAGACCCAGCCUGGUCAUUUGGCGGAGACAGACUUGUGGUGGACGGUGUCUGAUGUCUGUUAGCUAACAUGCUGUGUAUGUUUGUGGUCGUGUGUCUCACCUGGUCACUGUGUUCAGCGCUCACCUUCCUUCCUCCUCCCAUUAACCUGGACAUGAGCUCUGAGAACUUCCGCCACGUCCUCCACUGGGACCCCGGGCCCUUGACCCCAGUAGGGACCCAGUACCAGGUCCUUGCAAGAGUGAACCGUAAGAAAUGGAAACCUCUUGGAAAGUCAAUGACAACGUCUCUGAAACUGAAGCUGAAACUGUUUCAAAACUACCGUCUCAUUGUUCAGGCGACCUUGGAUCACAUGGUGUCAGAAAAGUCAGAAAUCUACAGUUUCUGCCCCUAUACCGACACCAUUAUCAGCCCUGCCCUGGUGUCUCUGUCUGGCUGUGGAAACUGUCUGGAGGUGAACUUGUCUCUGCCGGAUCCUGAUGAGAGUUCCAAUCUCUCGGUGUCCAGUCUUCACACUAUGUAUGGCCCCGAGUUCAGGGUGAAGUGGAAGAAACCAGGCGGAGUUGAGUUUAAUUCUAAGGAGAACAACAGUUUUAAGAUCUCUAACCUGGAGAAAGGUGUUGAGUACUGUGUUCAAGUGGAAACUCACAUACGUGUGAACAAAAACACCAAAACAUCAAACUGGACCUGCAGCUUCACCAGCGAACCACAGCAUAGCACAGUUUCUGUGUUUAUAGGUGUGGCUGCAUCUCUCCUGGUCUUGGUAACCUUGGUGGUUUCCAGUGUUCUGAUUGGUCUGUAUUACUCUGGCUUUCUGGGUAAGCUGAAGGCUCACCUGCCACCAGCUCUGCAGGCCACUCUGAGCACCGGGUACACCCUGACCCCGGAGAGCACCGCCCCAGACCACAUCCACAUCAGCUCAGACACAAUUGCCACCACAGACCACACCCCCAUGCCUCCACUUGAAGAGGGGGGGGAGGAGGAGGAGGAAGAGGAGUCCAAAGACUAUCUGGACCGAGGAGCAAAACUUCCUCCUGCUGACACUCCUGGCCCACACUCUGCUGAAGAGAGUUGUUGGAGAUCCUCCACAAAAACAGGGGAGUGGGUCAGCAAGGACGAUGUCAGCAAGGGGGGUCUUUAUCACGAUGAAGAUGAGGGGGAGGAUCCUGUCACUGCUGAGGGAGAUCAGGAAUCAGAGAAGGAGGAACCAGUUAGAGAGGAGUCAGAGGGCUCAUUUAACGUCAACCUGUUAUCUCUGACUCUCUCUACUUUAAAGGAGACGGGAGAGGACGGGGAGGAUGGGGAGGAUGGGGAGGAGGACGAGAAAGACAGAGAUACUGAUGAUUGUGGUAGUUACCUGCUGGAUCAGAGACCCCCACACAUGGAGCCUACUGCCAAGAACAUAGAGACAAUAGAGACAAACACACCAACCUCCUGUGAGGAGGAAGAGGGGGAGGGAGAAUGUUCUGACUAUAUCAGACACUCCUGAUGUCUAUCAUACCAUCUAAAGUCCUUUCUACCAGAGUGAAGGAAAGACCACCACCCCAAUACACCAUAAAGACUACAAAGACCACCACCAUCAUCACACACCAUCAUUACACACCGUCAUGACCACAGGAUCAUAAAUCAGUUGGACUAAAUAUCCAGAUUUUAUGGAGCAUUCCUCUCUGUUUAGAUGUUUAAAUGUAGAUUAAGAUGUUUAUUUUGUUUAUUUUGUCUAUUUUUAUACUCAAAGAAGAGAUCAUGAUCCUGUUAUUACAUCAACAUUCAGUCCUUCUUUAGGCUCAAAGACUUUGAAUCCAGGGAAGAGACUAAAAAUGUUUGAUCAGAAUAAUGAGAAAUAAAAGAUUAA